AAUACAUAAAUACUUGUUUACAUGCACAUUCAUUCAUACGCACGGAAAUUCGCAGAUAUAGCAAUAUGAAAAAAUUGGCGGAAAAUUGGUGCCGAGAAAUCUCUCGCCUCCGUAAACUUGUAAGCACAACCGUCCAUAAAUGCCGCUUUGCGUUGGCUGCUCUGAAUAAAGUGGGCUCCAAUAUUUUAAAUAAAUUAAUUGAAAGAUCUGAAAAAUGUAACAGUCCUUCAAGUGAAUAUAUUGAAAAAGAAAAACAUAAUAUUUCAGUUUUUAUUUCUCCUCUUAUCAUCUCCGAUGUAUUUUUACAAGGUUCUUUUCCGGAUAUGAAACCGAAAUACACUAGGAGGGCGACCGCAAUUCGAAAAAUAACAAGCAACAAAACUAAGUCAACCGAAACUGUAAAUUCUCUUCAUAUAAGACGGAGAAAAAAUGUACUCAGCUGUUUCAACAAGGAAGAGAGACCUGUGAAGAUGACCCCUCCACCCGCGAGGGAGCAUUUGAAUAUAAAAAAAAUUGAAGCGCAUUGGGUACGGCGAAUGCUUACGCUGCUCGACAAGCAGCGACAAUUGGAGACUUGUAAAGAUUUUUUGGAGUGGAAAAAAAAGGCAAAGACGGCGUCAAAGAUUAUGGCUAUCAUUUUCUGGGAUAGCGAGGGAAUAUUAUUAAUUGAUUACUUUCCAAAAGGAACUGCAAUGAAUGACCAGAGGAGUACUAAGGUUACCUGCUUAGACCUCACACAUCCCUACAGGAAAAAGUCUAACGAUGUGAUGUCACACUAUCUUGGUGGCCAAUCGGCAGCUCCACUUCUCACCGAAGUGUUGCAUUAG